AUGGCCGAGACCGUGUCAAAGCACAAGGCCGUUCAAGCCCACGUCGACGACGACGACGACGACGAUGGCACCAGCGAGUCGAUGGAGAAGGAGCUCGCGUUCUACAUGUCCUACCACUCGAACAAGACCAACCAGCUCAUCCACUUUAUCUUCAUCCCCCAGAUUCUGUGGUCCUCGCUCAUCCUCCUCGCGUUCUUCAACUUCCCGGGCUUCACCUACAUUGACCUUGGGUCAAUCUUUACCUUCCGGCCGAACGGAGCGAUGGUACUAGCGCUCGUGUUCCAGAUCUGGUACAUCAUCCUGAACGAGGUCGUCGGCGUGACCUACCUCCCCAUCAUGACGACGAUGUACCUCACCGCCACCCACCUCGUGAACCAUGUGCCCGAGUGGUUGCCGUGGCGGUACGCGUUCGGCCCAGAAGCCAGCGCGCUUCCCUUCGGCCUGGCCGUCUUUUUCAAUGGCUGGUUCUGGCAGUUCCUCGGCCACUUUGUGUACGAGGGCCGCGCGCCGGCGCUGUUCGACAACCUCACGCAGGCACUCGUCACCGCCCCAUUCUUCGUCCACAUCGAGGCGCUCUUCUUCCUCUUCAACUGGCGGCCGUCGCUGCACAAGCGUAUCCGGAACCUCGCGAGCCAGCGGAUCGUGGCCAUGAACAAGGAGAAGCGCGAGAAGAGCAAGAAGGUACAGUAG